ACUUCCCAGCUAGCACGAAGCUAGCUAGAGCCCAGCUAAGCUACAAAUACACUGAUUUAACUUUUGUUUUGGUCGCGGCGACACGGUUUUUCUGCACGUUUCCAAAAGACCUGAAAAGUGGGCUCUCUCCAGUUGACUCGCUGACGUAAAAUGGUUGUUUUGACAAAUAGCAACAAUGAAGAACAGGAUUAUAUCCUGAUAGAGGAGCGUAAAUGCACCUCCCUCCCUAGCUCCCCCGCCAAGCGAGUGUCUCCCACCAAGAAGAAGCAGUUCUUCAUCAACCAAGCCAUCCGCAACUCUGACCUCACACCCCGAGCCAAAGGCAAAAAGAGUCUCCGCCGGCAGGAGAACACGCGCUUCCUCGCCAAUCUUCUUGAGCGAGACGAGUGCUCCAAAGAUGACCUGGAAGUUUGCAGUAACCCAGCCAUCCCGUCCAUUUUCACUGAGGCCUGUACCAAUGGAAACUAUGUAGAGCCAUGGAAUGACUUUAUGAAUCGCUCUGGCGAGGAGCAGGAAAAGCUGCUGUCCCUGCUGGAGGAAGAGGCCAGGAAGAAAAGCACCGACCGGAUCCUCAAAGACCACAGGAAUGUAAAUCCUGCCUUCACUGCUCAAGACUGCUUCCAGAGAAUUGACCGAAGGCUGCGGGCCACUCUGAAGCGGAAACAAAUCCCUAUGGGGACCCUGGAAGUGCUUGAGGAAAGCCUUCUGAGCUUCUUCCACGCUCAGCCUCACUCAGUUUACACCACCAACCUCGGCAGCAGCUUUGAAAGGCUGCUGCUCCACGCCAUCUGCCAGUACAUGGACCUCGUCUCUGCAAGUACCGACUGUAAUGGGGCUCGUCAAACUGAAGUAGUGAACAAACAGGAGGAGUUCAUGCCUCCCAGUCCUCUGCUGUCUGCCUACCUUGAACAGAUGAGCUGAGAGGAGGACUUGAUGCCCUCCACCCACCCAGCCACCACAACCAGGUCCUGUAGGUGGAGGCUCUGCACGCUGUAGAUAGGUGUACAGUCUCUAACGGAACAUCUUUAAAGUCUGUAAUGCCCAACAGUUUUCGUCUGGUCUUGCCAGCAGAGCAGGUUUUAAGAAACCUGCCUGCCUCCUUUUUCUCUGGCUUCCCUUCAAAGGUGAAUUUCCCAUUCAUUUUUCUCUAUGGGCAUUUCAGAAAACACCAAUGUAACAACUUUUGGACUUUGAAUGAGCCCCACUUGAGCUCAUCAGACUGGAUUUGGAAAAAAGUACUGUAUGAUCGACCAAUAUUAAUUUUUUUCAGGGCUGAUAGUAAUCCAGGACAGUGAUGAGUGAUAUUCAGCGCUAAUCAAAAUCAAAAUUAAAAGUAUUAGAAAUGUCAGCAUAAACCUUGGUUUAAUUAAUACUUUUUAAAUUUAAUUUAAUUAACAUUAUGUGUGUUUAAAAAAAAAAGCCAACAAAUUAUAAAAAAAAUUACAACAGAAAAUGAGUUCCAAAAAAUCACCUGAAAUUAAAAAAAAAAAAAAGACAAGGAAACUGUAUUUAUACUAUUUAUACUAUACUAUUAAAAUUAUAUAAAGGACAGUUAAUCAGAUUUGUGUUUAAAUGGUUUUAAAGCAUUUAAAUCCAGUAAAACUGAAAGAAAGGCAAGUAAGUAAAGGCAGCACACUAAAAACUGGCGUUUUGUCUUUCAAUAAAACGAAUGAAAUAGAAAUCCAGUAAAAAGGAAAAUGAAAAUUGUAACCAUAUUUACCAUGUCCACUCAGAUCUCAAAGUUCCAAUACCAAUGACUAAAAAAUUUGGAAUGUUGGCCCCGAUAAUAAUUGUCCACUGGCCAAUCCCUAAAAAAUGGCAUAGGAAAAACAAAGACAAGAUUAUAAGACUGCACAUAGUAAGAGGCAGUGAACUACUGGUCCCAUACACCAUUGCAAGUGAUGAUUCUCUUUCCUUACAGCAAAUGUGGAGUAGCUCCAGUUACUCCACAUUACUUGGUGUGGCUGCCAACCACACACAGCGCUGGUGCAGGUGAUGUUUCUAUGGUAACAGUGACGUCUGAUCAGUGCAUCAUGCUAAAACUUGUGGAUAAUGUAGUAUUUUACAGGGACCUCAGGAAUAAAACAAAACGAAUUAGAAGUCAGAUUGACUGGCAGCGUCUACAGGAACAUAUAUAGCGAUUUAACAGUCAGACAUCAGAUCAUAAGUUGGCCCUACAUCGUUUAAAAUAAGAAAAUGAAUGGGAAAUUGACUUUAGGAACCUGUUUCAACUCUAUAUUGCUAAUGAGAAACUGUUUGUACGGAGGUAAGGCAAGCGUUAGAGAUCCAGACAAGUCUGAAGGGCACACAUCACUACCUGAAGGAUUAGCCUGUAGGAUUCGUGUAAAGUGACAUGAUAGUGAGACAUGAAUAGUAAAAUCUCUGUAUGCACAGUCAGGUUGCUUGUUGUUUUAGCUAAGGGGGUAGAUGUUUUGUCUUUGCUCAUGGGGUAAAAAUAGCUUCUACAUGUUGUGCUGGGGAAAUAACAUAACCCUUUGCCCACUUUCAUGUAUAAAAAGAGACCUUGGUGCUCUUCAGGUAUGAUUUUUGCAUGAUUUAUUUUUGUGGGAAAGCUUUUUUUCUCCGUGUAUGUAUAAUCUCUGCCAGCUUUCUCUUUACAUCUGAUCACAGAUGCACUAAGUGUUACUUGAGUAAUGGUCAAUAUUGAUGAGAGACAAGUCUUAGAUAAUGAUAUAUUGCAUAGCUUGAGUCUUUAAAGCUGCUUGUUACCAAGUGUUUUUGAAUUGAAUGAUAUAUUUGUUGCAACCAGCAAACAAAGCAAAGCUCACAGUUUACAGUUAAUCCAACAACCACCACUUAGUUUCAAAAAUGCAGUUUUACUGCCUGCUUCUCCUAUACUGUAUGUACAGUAGAUGAAUUGAACAAAAAGUAAUGAUGACAUUAUAGACAUUUUGAUGGCAAAACCUGCUGUGUUAAAACUCACAGGCACUUUUCAUCUCAGUGUUUAUGUCAACAUUUACAACCCUGGACAAGCACUUAUGCCUUAUGAAUGCAUAAAAGAAGUUUUUACCACGUUUUAAGUACAGUUUUCUGUAGAUAAAUUUCUACCUUUGUACUGACUAGCUUUUGGAAACAUCUAUCCAGGUUAUUUAAAAAAAAAGAAAAAAAAAAACCUUUUCUCCACAAUUUCUUUUCUACUGUCGAUGACGAUGUGAUGAAACUUGAUCUCCCGGUGCAUUUUGUCAACAACCAAAGUUUGUGCGCAUGUUGUGUGGAAAUCCAAUAUCUCAGGCUUUUGACUUCCCACUCUGAAUGUCAUGUUGUGAUUUCACAUGGUGUCAUUUUCUGUGUAAUUUAUGCUUUUUUGAAGCGGAGCUUGAUUUGAUCAUGUUGACCCCAGCAUCUUGGGGUUCUGCCAACUUUUUACAACUUUCUAAAUAUUUGUUUGGGUUUAGUUGUGCUGUAAAUAUUGAGCUCAAAUAAUUGACGAGUGCCAACAUUUAGAUACAAAAACUGCAGCUGCAGAAGUAGUCCCUGAAAGCUUUAUACACUAGACAGAUGUUUCCUUGUGUAUUUAAGGAUGUGUGUGCAUUGGUACCUAUGAAUAAUUAUAACUGCAACUGUUCAACAGUUUGAGGUAUUUUUCCUCACGCCUCAUUGUGUAAUCCCUCAGAGUGCUGAAAGCCAUGUCUGAAAAGACUAUUUUGAUUUGAAUAAAUGUCAGUUUAACUUUCA